AUGGCCGACUCCUUCCUGCACCUCGCCCGCCCUCUGGGCCCCGUCUCCGUGGGAACCGCCCCGACCACUGCCCCCUUGAAUGUGGUCAUCCAGCCGCAGGCUGUCUUCGCCAUCCUCGACCACUCGCUCCGCCGCAACGCCGACCAGGAACGGGUCAUUGGAACUCUGCUGGGAACACGAUCCGAGGAUGGAGGUGAGGUCGAAGUGCGCUCCGCCUUUGCCGUGGGCCACUCCGAGGCCGAGGACCAGGUCGAGGUCGAUAUGGAGUAUCACAAGCAGAUGCUGGCCCUGCACCUCAAGGCCAACCCGCGCGAGGUGCUGGUCGGCUGGUACGCCACUGCCUCUGAGCUCAACACCUUCUCUGCUUUGAUCCAGAACUUCUACAGCGGCCAGGGCGACGGUACCUGGCCCCACCCCGCCGUCCACCUGACUGUGUCCACCGAAGCCGGCAAGGACCUCGAGACUCGCGCUUAUAUCUCUGCGCCUGUUGGUGUGACCGCCGAGCGCGCCGCCGAUAGCGCCGCUUUCAUUCCCGUUCCGUACGAGCUGCGAUACGGCGAGGCCGACAAGAGCGGUCUGGAGGCCAUUGCCAACGCCAAGGAUACCGAGGAGCGAUCGACUAGCAUUGCCACGGAUGUUGAGGCUCUGGAGCGUGCCAUUGAGGAGGUUCUGGCCAUGAUUGACCGUGUGUCGCGUUAUGUGGAGUCGGUGAUUGACGAGGAGGCCCCUGCUUCGACUGCCAUGGGUCAGUUCCUGCUGAACGCUCUGGCUCUUGCGCCCAAGGUGGAGCCUGCCGAUAUUGAGAAGGACUUCAACAACCACAUCCAGGACGUCCUGGUCGUUUCCUACCUGGCCAACACCAUCCGCACACAGAUGGAGCUGUCCAACCGACUAGCCACUGCCCAGCUCACCCUGGGCGGCGGCGAGUCGACCGGUGCCGAGGGCCAGCGCAACCAGCGCGGUGGCAAGGGCGGUCGUCCCCGUCAGGACCGCGCUCCCGAGGAGGCUCGCGCAUAG